UGUGUGUGUGUCUGUAUGAGAGAGAGCGCAUGUUCCAACUUAACAGAGGAGGAGAACCUGAGAGGAGCAGGAGUUAAGAAGAGGAGGGCAGAAAGCUAAGGAAGUGAGGAGCAGGGAAGGUGGAGGAGGAGGGAGGGAGGGAGGGAGGGGGGCGAGGAGGUGAACGGAGGGUGAAGAGGAAGAGUGCUGAGGGAGAGAGGGAAAGACAAAAGAAAUAGGAGGAGAGACGGAGGAGAGGCAGAGCGAGGGAGCGGAGAGUGGAGCUGUAGGGAAAUGGCUUCAGAGGAGACGGCUGGAGGGGCACGCAAAGCCACCAAGAGCAAACUGUUCGAGUUCCUCGUCCAUGGAGUGCGUCCCGGUAUGCCAUCAGGACCACGGAUGCCCCAUCAGGGGGCGCCAAUGGGUCCUCCAGGCCCACCGUACGGAGGAAACUCUACUGUUCGCCCUGGGCUCACCAAUCCGCCAAUGGAGACCAACCGCAAAAGGCCCGCCCCCUCUCAACAACACAUCCAACAGCAGCAGCAACAGCAGCAAGCGGUACAGAACAGAAACAGGAAGAAGCCGGUGGGAUUUCCUGGAGCCAGUGAGGUGCCAGGGAGGCAGAUGGACAUGAGAGAGGCCCAAUCAGAUCCCACACUCGGAUCAAACACCAAGAGGAGGAAAAUGGCUGAUAAGAUUCUUCCACAAAGGAUCCGUGAACUAGUCCCAGAGUCCCAGGCUUAUAUGGACCUGCUGGCCUUUGAGCGCAAACUGGAUCAAACCAUAAUGCGCAAGCGGGUGGACAUCCAGGAAGCACUGAAACGACCCAUGAAGCAAAAGCGCAAACUUCGACUCUACAUCUCCAACACCUUCAACCCAGCCAAGCCUGACGCAGAAGACUCGGACGGCAGCAUUGCAUCCUGGGAGCUACGGGUGGAGGGAAAGUUACUUGACGACCCAGGAAAAGUGAAAAGGAAGUUUUCAUCCUUCUUUAAGAGCCUGGUGAUUGAGCUGGACAAAGAUCUGUAUGGACCAGACAACCAUCUAGUGGAGUGGCAUCGCACUCCCACCACUCAGGAGACCGAUGGCUUCCAGGUGAAAAGGCCAGGGGAUGUCAAUGUACGCUGCACUCUGCUGUUAAUGCUGGAUUAUCAGCCGCCUCAGUUUAAGUUGGACCCGCGGCUUGCUCGGCUGUUGGGUAUCCACACUCAGACACGCUCGUGCAUCAUCCAGGCCCUGUGGCAGUACAUCAAAACCAACAAGCUGCAGGACUCCCAUGACAAGGAGUACAUCAACUGUGAUAAAUACUUUCAGCAGAUUUUUGACUGCCCUCGUCUGAAGUUCUCCGAGAUCCCUCAGCGCCUGACUAACCUGCUGCUUCCCCCUGACCCCAUUGUCAUAAACCACAUCAUCAGUGUGGACCCAAACGAUCAGAAGAAAACAGCCUGCUACGAUAUAGACGUCGAAGUGGAGGAUCCACUCAAAGCCCAAAUGAGCAACUUCCUGCUCUCGACAGCCAAUCAGCAGGAGAUUGCCUCUCUUGACAACAAAAUCCAUGAGACUAUCGAGUCCAUCAACCAGCUGAAGAUUCAGAGAGACUUCAUGCUCAGUUUCUCCCGCGAUCCCAAAGGUUACAUCCAGGACUGGCUGAAAUCCCAGAGCAGAGAUCUCAAACUGAUGACGGACGUCGUUGGGAAUCCCGAGGAGGAGAGGCGGGCGGAGUUUUACUACCAGCCCUGGUCUCAGGAGGCGGUCAGUCGCUACUUCUACUGCAAGAUUCAACAGAGAAGGCAAGAGCUGGAACAAGCCCUGGCUCUGAGGAAUACCUAGACCAAACCCAGACACCAGCUCACACUCUGACAACACUUCCACAGUCUGAGCCACACGAAUGUCCUCAUUAUCGCCACAUUGGUUUCUACAGUGAGUGAGUGAGUGUGUGUGUGAGUGUGUGUGUGUGUGUGUGUGUCUUCAUGUUUUAGUUGUCACUGUGACCCAGGACCCAAUUACACACAGCCAUUCCGAGGACCGCUUCUGUUUCUGUCUCAGCCAGUCACGGUGCUCUGCCUCAUGUAUUUUACAUCAAGACACCAAGUCACGAACCUACUUCCCGUAUCCUUGAUCCAUAAUGCCGAUCUUUAAAACGCGACACUUUAAAAAAAACGUGUCGUGUAGCGCAGACACGAACCAGGUUGCGAACGUCAUCGUUUAGGCCGACGGAAUUCCUUUUAACACACGUUUUAACGCUUUCAGUAGUUUAUCAGUAUUAUUGCUUCGAUCAUUUUUGUGAGAAUAGGUCAUAUUUCGUUGUUUCCCUCCCUCUGUAAAGAGCUCUUCAGUAAGCUGCUGCUUAAUAGAGUGUAAUUCUUGUUCAUGUACAAAUUCUUUUUAACUACCUAUAUUCGAAUUGUGUACCUUCCUUUGCUUUGAGUUGUAGCAAAUCGUAAUCAUUUUCAACGUCGUGUGCGUUAGGUUAAAGAGGUAUGACGUGGAUGUGUCACGACAGGGAUGAACAAAUCAAGACUUCAUAUGUAAAAGCUCCAGAAACCGAAUGGAAUAAGCUACAACCUGGUAGCUGUUACAUCAUGAAAUAAUGUAAUACUAUAAGGCAAGCUAGUUAGCUAGUGAAGUUCACUUUGUUUUAUAUAAGUCGGUCAGAAUUACGAACGGUACCUAGGAAUGAGGAAAAAAAAAAAAACCCCCCCCGACUCAUUUGUCCAUCCCUGAACUACAUUUGUAGCUACAAGUUCCCAAAUUCAGGACUCUGUAUUCACUGUGCAGUAUUAUUCUAUUCGAAAGGAAAUGUUUUCUCUCGUACGUUGGUAAAUACACAGUACCGACUUCACAGUAUUUGGCGUUUCACACCAUACUUCACCUUAGUUAGCCUAUAUGCUAAUCACUACAUUGUUAACAUGCAGCGUUUCUUGGUAAGUUCAUACAUAGAGUAAGUCUGAUGUAGGUAGUAACAAGUUGUACAUAUGUAAGAAUUACUCCGUACUAAACACUAAAGCCCUUUAAAGAGUCUUUUUUUGUUUGAUCGGUAUUUAUAAAGUGUAAUAUGUGACCUGCGCCAUCGUUCUGAGAUUUAUACAUCUCUGAAGCGCAACAUUUCAGACCUACGACCAAUAAGAUCUUCGUGGAGGAUUAGGAUGUGCUCACUUGGGUUGAUUGUAAUCCAAAACGUUUUGGCAGGUACUUGCUCGUUCAAGGUUUUCCAAAUUAAACAGAAGGAGAGAAAGAGAGAGAGAGAGAGAGAGAGAGAGAUGUAACGUGUAGCUGAUUAGCUUUUCUACAGCUUUUUCCUCAAAAGUAGUAAAUGCCUCAUUUGAACGUUUGAGAGCUUCCCAGCUAUAUUUGUUGUUUGACGUUUACAGCAGUAUUGGCACAGUCAAAAAAAAAACAACAAGUUGAGACUUUAUUUAAAUCAUAACCAAUAAAACCCUAAAAACAGACCCGCACACGGUUUCCACACAGAUAGACGAUUGCGACUUCCGACUGCAAACAGUGUGGAACGUGUCACAUAUGAUUAAGAUCAUAUAAGUAGAAGGUCUCAGAAACAAACCCAUGCGGUUUUUCUUCCCAUCCCCCAUCCCCCAAAAAAAGUAUAAUGAUCUAAGCUGCUGGUCAGCAGUCGACGUGUCAAAAUCUGCUUCCUCCAGCCGAAUAUUUGCAUUUGACUGAUGUUCAUUAAACGACAAUUCCUACUUUGAAGGAUUUAAGUUUGCAGUGUUUUAAAACACUUUCUUUUGCAAGGUCGUUAACCCACAAUGAAGGUUAUGUGAAAAGAAUGAAGUCCAGUAUGAAGCGUAGUCAAUUCUUCCAAAAUAAAAAAAAAAAAUGUAAAAAGUCCGUUGACACUUUUGCUUGUAUGCUUUAUUAAAUAGACCACAGGUCAGGAUUGUAUAAAUACUGACACAUGAUUUUGUUGAUAUCUGUGAGAUAAUCUCAAUGGGUCCAAAGCCUGUGUUUACUCUACAUGCAAGUGUGAACAGUACUGAUCUACUCAUAUUCUGUCUGUUUUAUGGCUUUCCUGUUGGAUUCUGUACCAGCGGUCUCAACAGCUUAGGGUUAAAGUAUUUAUUAUGUCAUUUCAUGAUGAAGGGCACUGACUGAAUGAACGCUGUAGAAACUGGUAAAUAUUAUGUUUAGUUUGUAGUUCAAAAAAAAAAAAAAAAAUUUAAAAAAAAACACGCCUCGGUCGAGUACCACAACGUUUGAAACUUUUGCACUAAGUUGUUAAUCACGAGUCGGUCGAUUUGAAAUAUUGUUCACUUGAACCGAGGGAAUGAAAUGAAGGAAAAGAAAAGCUGACCUGUGCUCGUUUUUUGUUAGUUGAUAUGUUGUGUACUGUAUCACCGGUGUAACGUUGUCCUCGCCUCCCCACUGGCUGUGUGUGUGUUGGUUCUCAGCCCAGUUCGAGGGUAACAACCGGGUUGUUAUAAAUGCCUGAGCGCUUCACAUCAAACGUCUUCUCGUGGAAGGAGAGUUCACGCUUUCUGCGCAGCCUCAGUCAAAAUGAUCUCUGAGGGUCAGCGUCCACUUUUCUUAAAGCCUACGCAUGCUGCAUGGACAGAUUUUUAUACUUUCAUACACGGACGUUUCACACUCUUCACACUGAUGGAGGAAACCGGAAGAACAACACCGACUCGCAGAGAACUGUGGGUCAAAGCUCGAGGGGGGAAGAAAAAAAAAAGGACAAAAGAUGACCCGUUCUGGUCAGCUACUGUUUUAUUUUUUAAAAGUCUUCUGUAUUGCUGUUGUCUUGUCUUUAUAAAAGACUUAGUGAUUUUAGUAUGGGGGUGGGGGGGAAAAAAAAUAGAAGCACACAACAGAUUUCUACCAAGAUGCGUCCAGGUUCUGUGUCGUUCAUCGAGACUAUAGCACCCCCUACUGAAGCUCCUGAACACAGCAUCUACCGGAUCACAGAUCAUGAUCAUGCUAGAUGUUUCCACUUCAGCACCAGUGUGGACUCUUAAAUGCUCUGUAUUUUCCGUUCUCCUGCUGAUUUCUUCCUCAGCCCACUAGCUGUCACACGGUGGAGUGAUGGAGCCACCAUAAAAAUCCAACAAAACAUCUGUCACUAAUGUUGUUUUUUUUUUUGUAAUCAAUUGUUAUACACAAAUGCAACAUGUUAAUCUGAUACUUAUUCACCACAGCGAUGACGCCGACAUGAUGGUUGGUGUCGUACUGCUAGGUUAAGAUCCACCAAACUACGUGAAGACCCAUGUAACGUUGACUAAGAAAUAUAAUUAGUCGAAAUUGCAUUGAGUAGUUGUUGUUGUUUUUUUUUUUUUUGUUUUGUUUUUUAAAUAACUGAUUAAAUCUUUUACAAGACUUCCAUCGGGUCACGCCUGCAUGCACGUCUGUGUUACAGGUCAACUUCCACCAGCUCUUGAUGCCAACUGUGGCCUGUAUUUUAAGUCUGAUGUCAACACAGAACAAUUUGUAUGCAAUGGAUGUACAUGACGGAUCAGCCGAGUGGUUUUCUAGUCAGUGUUGAUGAACUUUCUGUACACAUGCAGUAGGGUGUUUUUUUGAUGCUACACUAUGAUUAGGUUUCUCACUCGUACUGUUCUAUAUUUUCGUUGUUCACUUUCAACAGAGAGAACGUAGAAUGAGAAUCACAAGUGUGGAUGUAAAUAAUAAUAAUAAUAAUAAAAAAAAAAAGCGCUUGCCAAAGUUUGUAAAAGAAACCGGCUCCUGAGGCUGUUGUGACUUUUAUUUGUGUGUGUGUGUGUGUGUGUGUGUGUGUGUGUGUGUACUGACUUGAGAACUCAUUCUAAAACCAGAUUCAUUACUGAAAGGACAAUGUGAGACAUUUCCAGACUUUCUAGAACCUUCCAGUAAUAUAAAUACAGGUGCUUAAGCCCACCAGUUUAGUUUAGUUCCAAGCCACCACUGCCCCCAGUGUAUAGGUGUCCUGCUCGGAUGAAACACACACAACUUUGGUCAUAUAGUAUUUAUAUC